AAGUACUGUGCUAGCAAUGAGUACCUAGUGCACGCUUGCAGAAACACAACUCAAGGCAUAUCUGUCAAACACUCCCACACCCCCUUCUCCAAGCUCACCAGCUGAUGUCAAAGGUUUGGCCUUGGGGAAGUCGCACUACCAACAAUAGUAAUCUAAUAAGGCUGUCUCUUCUGAUGCUUGUCGGGGCCAGAAAGAAAGUGGGAGAUUCUGCAGAUUGAACUCAAGCUGGAGAAGAGAACAGGCGGAUCGAGAGAUUGACGACAACCCCAAAAAACCCCAAUACCAGGUAUUCCGUCUCCACCUGCACAAACCAAAUCAGCUCUGUGAUAGAGAUUAGCAGGUUAAACCUAACCAUGGAGGUUCUCUUGGUAGCAUUUUUGGCCCUGCUUUUGACCAGCCAAGUCCACUCUGAUGAAAUUCCCUAUGAGCACCUGAUGUCUCAACUCCAGGCAUGUCCGAAAGAGUGCAACUGCCCUCCCAACUUCCCUAAUGCUGUUUACUGUGACAACAAGGGACUGAAAAUUAUACCUGUCAUCCCCCCCUACACUUGGUACCUGUACCUUCAAAACAACCUAAUUGAUGUUCUCUCAGCCGAUGCUCUCCGCAAUGCCACACAGCUAAAGUGGAUAAACCUCAACCGCAACAAAAUCACAAGUGAAGGCCUGGAAGUAGAUGCUCUUAAAGCUAUGUCCAAUCUUGUACAUCUCUACAUGGAAGACAACUUGUUGUCUUCUAUUCCAUCUCCUCUGCCAGCCAAAUUAGAGCAGUUAAGGCUGUCCCGAAAUAGAAUUUCAAAGAUCCCACCUGGUGUCUUCUCUGGAAUGGGUCGUCUGACCUUGCUGGAUUUGCAAAGCAACAAGUUACAGGAUGAUGCAGUCACUGAGGUCAGUCUAAAAGGCCUCAAUAACUUGAUCCAGAUCAAUUUAGCAAAGAAUCAGCUAAACAGUAUGCCCCUUGGCCUACCACCCACAACUACACAAAUCUUUUUGGAUGGCAACAACAUUGAGAAGAUUCCGGCUGAGUACUUUAAGGGUCUUCCUAAAGUGGCGUCUCUCAGGCUCAACCGCAAUAAGCUAGCUAAUGGGGGUAUCCCAAAAAAUGUGUUUAACCUUUCCAGCAUCCUGGAUCUACAACUUUCUCACAACCAACUCACAGAGAUGCCUAUUAUCUCCUCUGGACUGGAGCACCUGCAUCUAGACCACAAUAAGAUCAAGAGCGUGAAUAGCUCUGACAUCUGUCCACCUGGUGCGCUUGACGAUUUCCUGGAUGAGAAGAGUCCACGUCUCCGUUACCUUCGUCUCGAUGGUAAUGAGAUCCAACCCCCUAUUCCACGAGAGCUGAUGACAUGUUUCCGUCUCCUGAGGGCUGUUGUCAUAUAAAGGUGCAACACUGUCAAGAUUAUCCAUUUCAUCAAUCAGAACUGACAAUCUUAAUAAACUGAAACACUUGAAAAGGAUCUGAAAAAAGACUCAAAAUAAAUACUGUACACUGCUGAAAAGACCACUAGAAUGAAUUCUGGUUACUUCUUAUCUCAUGCUAAUUUUGCAGGUGACUAGCAAUAUCUUUUUGGUAAAACUUUUGACCAAGAAUGAAUUAUGUCCAAGAAUAAUUAAGAAGCUAAUAAAGAAUUCAGAUGGAUACCUAUAUACAAAAUACAACUAAGAAUGUGGUAUUCUGGUCUUUUCAGCAGAGUAAAGAUCGAUAAGACUAAUUUAUAUGUGCAUUUGUAGAUGGUUUCUCAUGGAUGUAUUGUAAAACCAAUGUGCCUUCCUUAACUUCAUACAUAGACUAGCUGGAAUCAUCAUUAUCUAAAUGUUCUUAUAAUGAAGAGAGCUCCAAAC